AUGUUGGAGCCUUACAUCAAUGACAAGAAGAUGCAUAGUCAUACUUAUGGUCUUCCAGAGCUUCCCUUAAGAGAACACGAGCAGCUACUGGGUGCUGAGAGCAAUCAAAGCAGACCAGGCUCUUCAUCUGCAACACCAUCCAAUACCUUUGACUUUUCAGCCUAUGACAUGAACAUAGAUGCUAUGCUGCCUCCUCCUGGUGAAGAGGGUUUCACUGUCAGCCAUGUGAGAGAUGAAGUCACCCUUUAUAAACAACUAGAGCAAAUUACAAUAGCUCAACCAAGAAGGGUAGAUACCCAUGAUCACUCUGAAUGCAUUGCACACCAAGUUGCAGACUGGGCUUCUCAACACAACAACCUAACAGAUGCUCUUCUGAGGUAUAAGGCAGAUUAUGAACACUCUCCUCUCUCAGAUGAUGUGUCAGAAAACCUUUCAAUUGAGGUUGUAGAUAUAUUUGGUAUGUUGCUUUCUAUAGUACAGUGUUUGCAUUCUUAA